UUUUGUGCAACCCGUACCGGAAAAUCCAUCAAAAUUCUGUCCUCACUGUGGACCCCAGCGUCGGCUUCGCAAUUGGCGGGCGGCGCAACCAACGGCGGAGGCAGUGGCAGCAGUACAGGCAGCGGCAGCACCACUGAUCACCACCAUACCGUGGCCUCCUCGAAGGCCAAGUUCAAGAUCACCGUCGUGUCCACGCCCAGCCCCUCGCCGCCGCCCACUCCCCCGUCGCUCGGCGGGAUGGUGGAGACGAAUUCCCCGCCGGCGGGCUACACGCUCAAGCGGUGCCCCAGCGAUCUAUCGGAUGUACAGCAGCCCCCGCGACAGAUUUCCCGCUCGCCGGGGAAUGUCAGCAGCAAUGCCGCCUAUCACCUGACCACCGCCAUGCUCCUCAACUCCCAGCAGUGCGGAUACCUCGGCCAGCGGCUCCAAUCGGUGCUCCAGCAGCAGCAGCAGCAGCAGCACCAGCAGCACCAUCAAUCGCAGUCCCAGUCGCAGACGCCAUCCUCGGACGACGGCAGCCAGUCGGGCGUGACCAUCCUGGACGAGGAGCGGACGCGGGGCCUGCCAGUGGGUGCCACGGCGGCGUCUGCCGCUGCUGCCUCCCUCUUCACCAUCGACAGCAUCUUGGGCUCCCGCAGCGCCAACGCCCAGCACCAGCAGGGCAGCACCUCCUCCCACUCCCAAUCAAGCAGCGGCGGCUGCCACAACAACAACAACAAUAAUCACAGCAGCAGUAGCAGCAACGGUCUGGGCUUGGGCCUCAAGCGGAGCACCGAAUCCCCCGCCUCCCCCAACUCCAACUCCAGCUCGAGCGCCGCCGCCAGCCCGAUACGACCGCAGCGGGUUCCUGCCAUGUUGCAGCAUCCUGGCCUGCAUUUGGGGCACCUGGCGGCGGCGGCAGCAAGCGGUUUUGCGGCCUCGCCAUCGGAUUUUCUAGUGGCAUACCCCAAUUUCUAUCCAAAUUACAUGCAUGCCGCAGCCGUUGCCCACGUUGCCGCCGCCCAGAUGCAGGCGCAUGUCAGUGGGCACGGCGCUGCGGCCGCUGCUGCCGCCGCUGGUCUCGCCGGCCAUGGCCAUCACCCGCACCACCACUCGCAUCACUCGCACCCGCACCAUUUGGGGCACCACCACGGACAGCAUCACCUGGGCCACCUGGGGCACGGGCCGCCGCCGAAGCGCAAGCGGCGGCAUCGCACCAUCUUCACGGAGGAGCAGUUGGAGCAGCUGGAGGCCACGUUCGACAAGACCCACUAUCCGGAUGUGGUGCUCCGCGAGCAACUGGCCCUCAAAGUGGAUCUCAAAGAGGAGCGUGUGGAGGUAUGGUUCAAGAAUCGUCGGGCCAAGUGGCGCAAACAGAAACGAGAGGAGCAGGAGCGGCUCCGCAAGCUGCAGGAGGAGCAGUGUGGCAGCACCACCAACAAUACCACAGGCAGUGGUGGCACAGCCAACAGCAGCAGCACCACUGGUUCCCCGCCUGGCGGCGUCCCCAAAGGACAACAGCAUCACGGGGCAGAGCACUAUGCCGCACAGAUGGUGCACAUCAAGAGCGAUCCCAAUGGCUACAGCGAUGCGGACGAGUCCUCCGAUCUGGAGGUGGCCUAAAUCGGGGAAUACACACCCACUGUAUAUAUAGAUAUUUGCUCUAAGAUCUAGUUAUAUUUCGCUAGUGCUUUUGUUUUGUAUAUAGAAAAAUGUGAAGAUUUUUCAAGUAUUUUUUGUUACUAAGUUCUUAAGCGAAAAAAGAAGAGAGAGAAGUGGAGUAUUAGCAAAGUAUCAUAAUAUAUAUAUAUAGUCAAAUCUGUACAGUCACUAAAAUAUAUAUACAUAUAUAUAUAGAUGUCUGAGUGCAUGUGUGAUCGGUGUUUACUGAAUGAAUGGAUUUUGUCGUAAUUGUUUCAUGUGUCCUGUAAUUGCAUCUAAAGAAAACUCUCGAUAAAAAAGAAUCACCAUGAUAAACGAUAAACGAUUACGUAUACAUAAAUAAUGCAAAUGAACAAGUGUAAUUCCUCCAACGAUUAAUUCUAAUGUUAAACCUAACUUAUUGAAAACACACACACACACAUCCUAAAGAGAAAAACCUCAAAUAAAACCCCAAAACUCGC